AACACAUUGUAUAAAGAAAUAGCCUAUUUACGUCGCACUUAGGACAAGUUAGUUUUGACUGCCAUUUCAUAAAAAAUUCUUUGUAAUUGGAUUAACUGAUUUGUUCGAAUAGAAAGUUGAAGAUGAAAAAUGGAAUAUAUUAAAAAUUUCUUUGUCAAUAUAUAUCCAAGUUUAAUGAUCAUAAUAAGUGUAAAAUUAUAAAAAUGUUAAGAAAACUUAGUAAUCUGUUACAAAUUUUUGUUCCUGGUCAAAAAGUAAGCAAGCGAUAUCUAAAUUUUAUACCUGUUGUUGUAGAACAAAGUGGAAGAGGAGAACGUGCAUAUGACAUUUACUCGCGUCUUUUAAAAGAAAGAAUUAUUUGUUUAAUGGGCCCGAUCACAGAUAAUGUAUCUUCAGUAGUGAUAGCUCAACUUCUAUUUCUUCAAUCAGAAAAUAGUAAAAAUCCAAUUCAUAUGUAUAUUAACUCACCUGGUGGAAGUGUCACAGCUGGACUUGGUAUAUAUGAUACUAUGCAAUAUGUUCUACCUCCUGUUGCAACAUGGUGUGUAGGACAAGCAUGCUCAAUGGCAAGUUUAUUACUGGCAGCAGGAACAAAGGGUAUGCGCCAUUCAUUGCCUAAUGCAAGAAUUAUGACACAUCAGCCAUCAGGAGGUGUAUCUGGUCAAGCUACUGAUAUACAGAUACAAGCUCUAGAAAUAUUAAAGCUUAAAAAGCAAAUUAAUAAUUUAUAUGUAAAACAUACAGGUUUAGAUCUGGAAAAAAUAGAACGAUGUAUGGAAAGGGAUAAUUUCAUGAGUCCUAAAGAAGCAAAGGAAUUUGGAAUUAUAGACAAAGUACUAUCACAUCCAAUGCAAGAGGAUGAACCAAAUAGCAAAAUGCCUAAAGCUGUUCUUGAAAUUUCCACUCAACCUUAAUUAGGAUUAAAUAAAAUAUACUUAAAAUUAUGAAAUUUUAUUAAAACAUGUAUUUAUCAAUAUUUAAAAAUAGUAAUAAAAUAUUUUUAAAACAA